UUUCACAAAACGAGUCGUUAAAUGUAAUGCAAAAUUUAAAUUGCUUUUUCGAUAUUAAUUAAAUAAUAAUAUCCAUCUCGUUGUAAUAAAGCGAGGUUAAAUAUAAUUAAAAAGCGGCCGUGGCCAUAUUUUAACAAUGGCAAAAUAAUUAUUUUACAUUUAUAGGAUUUGGUUAUCCUAUACUACUAAAAAAAUAGUGUACAUAUUAUCGUGAGUUAUUAAGGAAAGUUAAUCAAUGACAGUUUUGUGACGACAAUUAAGUAUAAAUUUGGUGUUCAUUUCAUAAACUGUAACUAUAUUACAAUGUAAAAAAUAGGCAAAAAGUUGAUUCCCAUAAAGAUUUCAUGCUUCAUUGUCGUCACAAAACUGACAGCGAUUCACGCUAAUUGGUACACUAUUUUCUGAAAACUCCCGCCUACCAGAUGGAUUAAAUGUUUCCUUUUUAUUACUGGACCUCGUAAUAGUCCUCAGUGAGACAAAUAAGCAGAAAGUUUAUUAAAUUCUUGCCUAUCGCUCUGACUUAUCGGUACAUUUAUUAAUGCAAGCAAGGCGCCCACGCGAAUGACAGUAAACUAAAAUAUUUUGAUUCCAAAAUCAUUUAAAUAUCGGAUGGUGCCCGCUCGAAAUGGCCUGUCAGUCAAAUUCGGCUUUCAUAUAGGUACUUGUUCAGUAGACGUUUUGUUCUGCUCUCAUUGACUAGUUAAAACAUUUGGUAAUUAAAAAAGCAUUUUAUUUUUAGCGAGAUUUACAUACAGCAUUAUUGAAUACUUAUUCAAUCCUUAGUAAUUUAUGCGCUGCAAGCUUUUCAGCGACUCUACAUUGCAAAUUUUUUGAAUAAUGUUUACCGGACUAGGUGUGAAGUAUAAUUGAAAUACAAUUCCACAAGUUAUGCUUACUAAUUAUAUUAUUAAUUAAAUAGUUAUUUACUACGUCAAAAAUGUUUUUCUCAAAGUCUAAAGUAUUUUCUACCAGCAAUUGACGGCCCGAUUCGAACUUUAAGAUACAAAAGUGACGUUUUUGUUUGAAGAAACGUCACUUUCUACACUGACAUAUCCAAUCCAUAUCGUAUCUAGACCUAAUAUUUAACGUAUCCUAAAGUUGGAAUCGGGCCGUGAAUACUAUUUACGUAGUAGCGUCUACGUGCACUGCGCUCGUCGUAGCUUCGUAGCAACAGUUGCAAACGGCUCGCUUUACGCUACGCUCGUUUGCUACGUCAUUUCCGAUCUUUAUCGCCACCUACUUUGCGAAGUUACAAAAUAAGAUUAGCGUUUUUUCUUAGCAUACUAAAAAACAAUUGUUUUAAAAUAUAUAAUCGUGAAGUAAACGAAUCACAAAAUAAAUAUAAGCAACGAUUCUACAUCUGAUAAAAUUAUAUUAAUUAAAAAAAUCAAGGACAAUUAAAGUUAAUCAAGAACAUGAAGAAAAUUAUAACCGUGUGUUAUCUUCUUCUAGCAAACAUUGAAGGACUGUUAUGUCUCCGAGUGCUAGGUAUAACCGUCCCGCCUCUAAAACAGCGCGGCGAGUCUGCCUCAUUAACAUGUGAUUACGAUUUGGAGGGCGGCAAACUCUACUCCGUGAAGUGGUACCGGGACACAGAGGAGUUCUACCGGUAUAUGCCGCGGCUCCGCCCGCCGCAGCACGCUCACAGGCUAGAUGGAGUGAAAGUUGACUUGGACAAAUCCAGCGCGCGGCGUGUGCACCUCCGAGACCUCACUCUGCGCUCCCGAGGCCUGUACCGCUGCGAGGUGUCCGAGGAAGCGCCCUCCUUCUACUCCGCUCAGGCUGAGGGCUACAUGGAAGUCUAUUACUUUCCCCGCGAAAGUCCAUAUAUAACAGGCCACGAGCGUCCCUACCAUCUCAACGAGCCUCUGGACGUGAACUGCUCCUCAGCCAAAGCGUUCCCGGCACCCGACUUGCAAUGGCUCAUCGAUGGUCAGAAGGUAACGGAGCGUUCCUGGUUAAUCGCUUAUGGGGCCAAGCCGGCCCCGCAAGGGUUGCUGGUGUCCACUCUGGGGUUGACAGCGCCGGCGAAAUCGAAUAUGAAGCUCCGAUGUAUCGCCGUCAUAGGCACGCAUAGAAGGGAGAGAAGCAUUAUCAUAGAAACCAACUCUUCCACCCGUCUCCAACACUACGGUUUUGUGGUCAUCACAACACUCGCUGUACUGAGCAUUAUUUCCCCAAUAAUAUCAUGAUGCUAUUAAUAUUUGAAUAACUACGUUUAAAAUAAUGCUUAAUGUAAAUAAAAUUUAAUUACUUAA